AUGGUGAAAGGCACGAACUCUCAGCAAGCCCUCGCCCGAGAAGCAUCGUGUAGCUGUCAAAAGAGGCAACCAGUUCCCUCCACUGUCCAAGAUGAAGGCGAUAAUGGUGGAGGAGAAGUGGUAGCACGACGAUCGGGGACGUUGUUCGAGCUUGAUCUCCUCAAUUGUCCUGUUUGUUGUCACGCGCUCACCGUUCCUAUUUUUCAGUGUGACAAUGGACAUAUAGCUUGUUCUUCUUGCUGUAAUAAACUGGGGAACAAAUGCCCUAAUUACAAUUGUAAGUGGCUGUCUUUUCCAAUUGGUAACUAUCGAUGCCGAAUAAUGGAGAGAGUUGUUGAGGCAGUCAUUGUCCCAUCUCCAAACGCUAAACAUGGCUGCACCGAUAAAGGAGAAGAAGAAGAAGAAGAAGGAGAGAAUGGUGACGUAGACGGUGAUGUGGUGAUAUGGGAGGCACAAUCGGGAAUGUUGUUCGAUCUUCAUCUUCUUGAUUGUCCGGUUUGUUCUAACGCACUCACGAGUCCUAUCUUUCAGUGUGACAAUGGACAUAUAGCUUGCUCUAGUUGCUGUACUGAACUGAGGUACAAAUGCCAUUCAUGCAUUUUUCCAAUUGGUAACUACCCAUGCAGAAUAAUGGAGAAAGUUGUCCAAGCAAUCUUUGUCCCAUGCCCAAACCUCAAACAUGGCUGCACCGAGAGAUUCUCUUAUGGCAAAGAUUUAAUACAUGAGAAGAAAUGUGUUUUCGCUAUGUGCUACUGUCCCCAGCCGAACUGCAAUUACAGAGGCGUAUGCAAUGAUCUCUACAUUCAUUACAAUGCUAACCACCUGAACAAGAAGAUAUCAAAUCAAUUCGUUUGUGACCGUUCCACCGUCACAUGGAUGAAGAUAAGUGAUAAGAUUUUAGUAUUUCAGGAAUCUGCAGAUGGUCAUGGUCCGUUGGUUGCAGUUCAAUGUUUCAAGGAGCCAGAAGGAUUGUAUGUGACUGUGAACUGUAUAGCACCUUCUGCUCCAGGAGUUGGGGAAUUUUCCUAUGAUCUCUCGUACAGCACGCCGAUGUCAGGCGACCAACACACUAUGACGUUUAAAUCACCAGAGAUGAAGAGAAUUCAAAAAGUGAGCUUCCAAACUCCUGAGAAGGACUUCAUGUUGGUCCCUUACUAUUUCCAGGAUAAGAGAGUUUCAUUGAAGAUGAAUAUUUGCAUCCACCGUUUAAAAAAGGAUGAAAGAGGAAUCUCAAUAAGAUGA